AUGGCGCGGAGCAGAGGGCUCAACGCGUCGGGGAGCAAGGCGCAACUAGUUAAAGACCUAUUAAUCGCGGAACUCGGCAGUGCUCCAUCCGCUCCCUCCCCUUCCGCCUCCGCCCCCCGCGUUUCCGCCCCGCCUCCCGCCACCCCCGCACCCCGCGCCGCCUCCGCUUCCCCGUCCGCCCCCGCGCCCGCGUCCCCGAGUAAGACGUGGAAGAGCCAGCUGCAGGCGCAGCCCCUUUCCGCCCUGCGCGCGCUUGCGCGUGAGCGUGGCCUGCGCGGAGACACGCGCGCGGAGCUGAUUACGGUGCUCAGUAUGGACCCGCCCGCAGGCUCGGAACUGCCGGGCCUGGUUCCGAACCUACCGUCUUCGUUCGACCUGCCGUUCCAAUCGGAGGUGCAGGCUGGGAGCAGCGCGCUUGAGCCCUCACAGGCGGCCAAGCUGGCUUCUGAAUUAGCAUCGCUAUCAGCAACGAUGCAGGUGCUGCAGUCGAAGCAAGCGACACUGUCAGAAGAACGAGACAGCCUCAAGGAGCAAGCGGACCUGCUAAGGAACGUGCUCGUGGGUGGGCUUGGACUCGCGCUCAUCCCGCUGCUGCUCCCGCUGCAAGCGACCAACACGGCCGUGCAAGGCACUGUUACUACCACCACCAGUGUAACCCAGACGUUGCCUCCCCGAGCACCACCUGCGCCCGAUCUGAGGGAGCAGGCACCAGAGGAGCUUUCUUGCGUCCCUCUCUCUAUGUCAACUCAUAAAUCCAUCCAAAUGAUCCGCUCCCUCCUCCCCCCUCCCCGCCUACCCCCCUCCGUCCACCAGAUGCUGCCUCCCCCAGCACCGCCUGCGCCCGAGGUCAGGGAGCUGGCACCAGAAGAGUUCUGCCGCACGCUCCCGGCCUCGUUGCUCUCCCCCGACCUCGCAAGAUUCUGCCAGGCUGUCAACAACAUGAACCUGUGA